AUGUCGUCCUGGAAGCUACCAAAAUCUCUAAAACAGCUCAAGGAGACCCACCUCGGAACCCCCUCAUCCAAAGAGUCGCGGUCCUCCUCCACCUCCACCAUCACCCCCAACACUAACGCCCAAGCCUCAACCGCCACGCUUGUCGCCAGUGACGGCACAGUCCCCACCUCAACCUCCACCAACCCCGGCGAUGCCCACCCCACAUCGACCGUCAAGCCCGGGCUGCUAAUCGUCACUCUCCAUGAAGCCAAGUCCCUCUCACUUCCGCCCUCGCACCAACAGUACAACACGCAACGGCCGUCCUCGUCCUCCUCGCACAGCGGACCCGGCUCGCGCCCCACAACGGCCAACAACUCGUCCGCCGCCCACACGCACGGCCACCAGAGGAACAUCUCAAAGCUCUUCCGUACCUACUGCGUCAUCGAAUUCGACAAGACCCAGGUCAUCGUCAAUGCAAACUCGGGCACCCUCGACUCGCCAAUGUUCUCGGGAUACAGCACCCAGUACAAGUUCGAUGUCAGCCGCGACACCGAGCUCAGUCUCGGCAUAUAUAUGCGCAACCCGGGCUCGGGCGGCCGCGACGAGGACCUCUUCCUCGGUAGCUGCCGCGUAAACCCGAGGUUUGAGGAGCCUGCGCCGCCGUCGUCGAAGAAGAGCCGUGAGCCGCCGGCCCCCGGGUUUAGUGGCACGGAUUGGGUGGCUUUGAGUAAUUCGACGGGGAGCGUCAAGCUGGGGGUUGAGUAUAGGCGUAACCAGGAUAUGCCCUUGACUAUUGAUGAUUUCGACCUGUUGAAGGUGGUCGGGAAGGGCAGUUUUGGAAAGGUCAUGCAGGUCAAGAAACGUGACACCCAGCGAGUAUACGCGCUCAAGACCAUCCGCAAAGCCCACAUCAUCUCACGCUCCGAGGUCAACCACACGCUCGCCGAGCGCACCGUGCUCGCCCAGAUCAACAACCCGUUCAUCGUGCCGCUCAAGUUUUCGUUCCAGUCGCCCGAGAAGCUCUACCUCGUUCUUGCGUUCGUUAAUGGCGGUGAGCUGUUCCAUCACCUCCAGCGCGAGGGCAAGUUCGACAUCAACCGCUCGCGCUUCUACACGGCCGAGCUGCUCUGCGCCCUCGAGUGCCUGCACGGCUUCAAUGUCAUCUACAGGGAUCUCAAGCCCGAGAACAUCCUCCUCGACUACACCGGUCACAUCGCCUUGUGCGAUUUCGGCCUGUGCAAGCUGAACAUGAAGGAAGAGGACAGAACCAACACGUUCUGCGGAACCCCCGAAUACCUCGCCCCCGAGCUCCUCCUCGGCCAAGGCUACACCAAGACCGUGGAUUGGUGGACCCUUGGUGUGCUCCUCUACGAGAUGUUGACAGGCCUGCCGCCCUUCUACGACGAAAACACAAACGAGAUGUACCGCAAGAUCCUGCAGGACCCGCUCCAGUUCCCCACCGACAUUGACCGCGACGCAAAGUCGCUCCUCACUCGCCUGCUCGACCGCGACCCCGCACGCCGUCUCGGCGCCGGCGGUGCCUCAGAGAUCAAGGCUCACAGGUUCUUUGAGACUGUCGACUGGAAGCGUCUGCUGCAGAAGAAGAUCCAGCCUACCUUUAGGCCCAAUGUGGUGAACGCCAUGGACACGGCCAACUUCGACAAGGAAUUCACAAGUGAGGUGCCCACCGACUCAGUCGUCGACGGCGACUUCCUCAGCCAGUCGGUGCAGCAGCAGUUCACAGGAUGGAGCUACAACCGCCCCGGCCAGCUGGCCACCGGCGAGCCCGGCAGCGUCAGGGAUCCCGGCCCCGGAAGUGUCAUCGAUAGGUAG